AUGGCGCUGCGGGCAAAGGCCGGAAUGCGGGUGGCAGGGCCCUGGCUGUCCCUGCACAGGGCGCGCACCCUGGGCACCACAGCCGCUCCGGGCCCCAAGGCGGUGCUGCCCUUCGAAGCCAUGCCCCGCUGUCCCGGAAACAAGUGGCUGCGGCUGCUGCAGAUCUGGAAGGAGCAGGGCUCUGAGAACUUACAUCUGGACAUGCACCAGGCCUUCCAGGAGCUGGGGCCCAUUUUCAGGUAUGACGUGGGAGGGAGACACAUGGUGUUCGUGAUGCUGCCCGAGGACGUGGAGCGGCUGCAGCAGGUGGAGGGCUUUCACCCGCGGCGGAUGUGCCCGGAGCCCUGGCUGGCCUACCGACGGGACCGUGGGCUCAAAUGUGGCGUGUUCCUGCUAAACGGGCCGCAGUGGCGUCAGGACCGACUGCGGCUGAACCCCGAGGUGCUGUCGCUGCAGGCUGUGCAGAAGUACACGCCCUUGGUGGCCCAGGUGGCCAGGGACUUCUCCCGGGGCCUGCAGGCGAAGGCGGCGCAGAACGCCCGCAGGAGCCUGACCCUGGACAUCCGGCCCAGCGUCUUCCACUACACCAUCGAAGCCAGCAACUUGGUCCUGUACGGAGAGCGGCUGGGCCUGUUUGCCGAGCACCCGGACCCCCAUAGCCGGAGCUUCAUCCAGGCGCUGGAGGUCAUGUUCAAGUCCACCGUGCAGCUCCUGUUCCUGCCCCGGAGCCUGUCUCGCUGGGCGAGCGGCAGCGUGUGGAGGGCGCACUUUGAGGCCUGGGACUACAUCUUCCAGUACGCCAACAGAGCCAUCCAGAGAAUCUAUCAGGAGCUGGCCCUCGGCCACCCGUGGCGCUACAGCGGCAUCGUGGCGGAGCUGCUGACACGCGCAGACAUGACCCCGGAUGCCAUCAAGGCCAACUCCAUCGACCUCACUGCCGGGAGUGUGGACACGACGGCCAUCCCCGUGUUGAUGACUCUCUUCGAGCUGGCUCGGAACCCGGACGUGCAGGAGGCCCUGCGCCAGGAGAGCCUGGGGGCCGAGGCCAGGAUCUCAGGAGAUCCCCGGAGGGCCAUCACGGAGCUGCCCCUGCUGCGGGCGGCCCUCAAGGAGACCUUGAGGCUGUACCCCGUGGGUGUCUUCUUGGAGCGACACGUGAGCUCAGACAUGGUGCUGCAGAACUACCACAUCCCGGCCGGGACAUUGGUGCAGGUGGUACUGUACUCCUUGGGUCGAAACCCCGCCGUGUUUGCCAGGCCCGAGCGCUAUGAUCCCCAGCGCUGGCUGGACAACCGGGCCGCUGGCACCAGGUUCCCACACCUGGCCUUCGGCUUUGGCGUGCGCCAGUGCCUGGGGCGGCGCGUGGCAGAAGUGGAGAUGCUGCUUCUGCUGCACCAUGUGCUGAAGCACUUCCUGGUGGAGACACCUGUGCAAGAGGACCUAAAGAUGAUCUACCGCUUCAUAUUGGUGCCCUCCACCCUCCCCCUCCUCACCUUCCGGGCCUUCAACUAGUCACGUCGCCAUCUGUCGGCCACUCACGCCACGAGCGCCCCUCUGCCUGACCCCAGGCCACCCCUCCUUUCUCCCAUGGGCCCUGCUUCCUGAGCCACACCACUGCCCAGGCAGCACGUUGCACAGAUGGAACAGCCCAGCCCUCCGAGGGUCAGGGCUUGCCAGCCUGUGCAGCAAGGCCAGGGCAGAGCUGGAUGAAGCUUGGCGGCAGGACCUGGCCGUGCGCCCAGUCCCACCAGGGCCCUGUCCAGCAAGGAGCAGCAUCCGAGGGCCUUUGAGCCCCUGCGGCCCCAGCACAGCUCCGGGCUCCUCGGGUGUCCAUCCAAGCAAGCAAGGGGCCUCAGAGCCCGCCCUUUGCCUCCCUGUUCAGUCUCUAUGCCCUCUCUGCUAAACUCGACCCCACGCAAGAGCUGACCACUUGGGCGUCCCCUUUCCUGCUCGUUGCCGUUUCAGAUGCCGUCCCCUUUGUCUGCA